AGGAAAAGCAACAAACCAGAUGGAGAAGGAAGACCAAAAAGAUAAGUAGAAAGCUAGACCAUGAGCUCCUUGAGGGCAGGGACUGAAUGGUUACUAUGUCCCCAGGGCCCAGCAUGACCUUCUCCUGGAUUCCUCAUCUUCCUCCUGUGACCUGUGUCUCCAUCAGUUUCUCCACCGGCAUCUUUUUCUUACAGGAUUCCUACGUCAGGAAUAGAUGGACAUGGCCUGGCAGAUGAUGCAGCUGCUGCUUCUGGCUUUGGUGACCGCUUCGGGGAGUGCCCAGCCCAGGAGUGCGCAGGCCAGGACGGACCUGCUCAAUGUCUGCAUGAACGCCAAGCACCACAAGGCACAGCCCAGUCCCGAGGACGAACUGUAUGGCCAGUGCAGUCCCUGGAAGAAGAAUGCCUGCUGCACGGCCAACACCAGCCAGGAGCUGCACAAGGACACCUCCCGCCUGUACAACUUUAACUGGGACCACUGUGGUAAGAUGGAGCCCGCCUGCAAGCGUCACUUUAUCCAGGAUGCCUGUCUCUAUGAGUGCUCACCCAACCUGGGGCCCUGGAUCUGGCAGGUCAACCAGAGCUGGCGCAAAGAGCGCAUCCUGAAUGUGCCCCUGUGCAAAGAGGACUGUGAGCGAUGGUGGGAGGACUGUCGCACCUCCUACACCUGCAAAAGCAACUGGCACAAAGGCUGGAAUUGGACCUCAGGGAUUAAUGAGUGUCCGGCUCGGGCCCUCUGCCGCACCUUUGAGUCCUACUUCCCCACUCCAGCCGCCCUUUGUGAAGGCCUCUGGAGCCACUCCUUCAAGGUCAGUAACUACAGUGGAGGGAGCGGCCGCUGCAUCCAGAUGUGGUUUGACUCAGCCCAGGGCAACGCCAAUGAGGAGGUGGCCAAGUUCUAUGCUGCGACCAUGAAUGCUGGGGCCCCGUCCCAUGGGAUUAUUGGUUCCUGAUCCAAGAAGGGUCCUCUGGGGUUCUUCCGACAACCUAUUCUACUAGACAAAUCCACAUGUG